GGGGAUUUCUCGGAGCUGGAGCAGGGGGAGAUGCGGCUCUUCCCCCGCCGGCUCAGCCCCGGGGCUGCGGGAGCGGCAGAGCCGGGAACAAGAUGCCCGUGAAGUUUAAUCUCUCCUAAGAGAGAAAAAAAAAACCACGGAGAGACAAAACAAAAAACCCAUGGAUCCUCUGUACUUCUCCAGCACGUUCAGCAUGGAGGCCGCUCCCAGCCAGGCCAACUCGUCCCUGCUGCCCAACGGGACAGAGAACGGGACGCUGCCGGAGGUGCCACCAUUCCAGUACAUCCACAAGGUGCUCAUCCCCAUCUGCUACCUGCUGGUGUGCGCCCUGGGGCUGAGCGGCAACGCCCUGGUCAUCUACGUGGUGCUGCGGCACGCCAAGAUGAAAACGGUCACCAACAUCUACAUCCUCAACCUGGCCGUGGCCGACGUGCUCUUCAUGCUGGGCCUGCCCUUCCUGGCCACCCAGAACGCCAUCUCCUACUGGCCCUUCGGCUCCUUCCUCUGCCGCCUGGUGAUGACCGUGGACGGCAUCAACCAGUUCACCAGCAUCUUCUGCCUGACGGUGAUGAGCAUGGACCGCUACCUGGCCGUGGUGCACCCCAUCAAAUCCACCAAGUGGAGACGCCCCAGGGUGGCCAAGCUCAUCAGCGCCACGGUCUGGACCUUCUCCUUCUUGGUGGUGCUGCCCGUGAUCAUCUUCUCGGACGUGCAGGAGGAUUUCCAGACGUGCAACAUGAACUGGCCGGAGCCGGUCAACGUCUGGUCGGCGGCGUUCAUCAUCUACACCUCGGUGCUGGGCUUCUUCGGGCCCCUGCUGGUCAUCUGCCUGUGCUACCUGCUGAUCGUGGUCAAGGUGAAGUCCUCGGGGAUCCGCGUGGGCUCCACGCGGCGCCGCCGGUCGGAGCGGAAGGUCACCAGGAUGGUGGUGAUCAUCGUGGUGGUCUUCGUGUUCUGCUGGCUGCCCUUCUACACCAUGAACAUCGUCAACCUGAUCCUCAUCCUGCCCGCCGACCCCGUCCUCGAGGGGCUCUACUUCUUCAUGGUGGUGCUGAGCUACGCCAACAGCUGCGCCAACCCCAUCCUCUACGGCUUCCUCUCCGACAACUUCAAGCAGAGCUUCCAGAAGGUUCUCUGCCUCUGCAAGGGCGAUGGAGCGGAGGAUGGAGAGCCCGUGGAGCACAGGCAGGAGAACAGCAGUCGCCUGCAGGAGUCCAUGCUGACCCAGAGGAACGUGGAGUUCAACGGGCACAUGCAGACCAGCAAGGUCUGAGGGCAUGGCCUGGCACUGCAGAGUCCCCUGGAGAACUUGGGGACUUCAAGCAGAGCACGGUCUAGCACUGCAAAGUCCCCUGGAGGACUUGGGGACUUCAAAUGGAGCAUGGCCUGGCACUGCAAAGUCCCCUGGAGGACUUGGGGACUUCAGUUCAUGCAAAAGGAAAAUGUGGAGCCCCAGAAGCUCCCACAAAUGUACACAGAGGGCUCUUCCCUGCUUUUCCCAGCUGGAAGUGCCAAGCUCUGGUGGUGUCCUGAUGCAUCUGAUGUCUGGGACCACUUUGGGGCCUCCAGGGAAUGAUUUCCAGGCUUUGUGCCCCUCUAGCCAUGCAAACAACACUAAGCCAGCUCUAAUUCUCUUGUUAAGUUUGGUUUAAGGUUGCUUUGUACUGCUGGGAUCUGCUCUGAGCAGCAAACAGCUCAGCUGGGAUAUUUGGGAAUUCUUCAAGGGGAUUUCUGAAAGGAAAAUGAGAUUUCUUCAGAGUUUCAUGCAAAAAAGGCACCAGCACUGCUCUGGAAAUGGGUUCUGGUUGUGCUGGGUGCUGCCUUUGCUUUGUUUUCCUGCCAUUAACCCAUCCCAGGGAGCCAGAACAGCCAGGAACCCUUCAAACACAGCCAGAAAGGAUAAAAAAACCAAGAUUAGGAAAACAUUCUGGAAAGGAAUCAAUGCAGCCAUGACAUUUCCACCUUGCCACCCCAUGAAAUGUGCUGUGACCCCGUUAUUGUGAUGUCAGUGCUGAUGGCCGUGGGCUCCUGGGGAGGUUUGGUGUCCAUUCCUUGGUUCUGAGUGUAAAUCUGGACUCAAAGCUGCGUUUUCAGACACUAAACCCAGCUCAAUCCCCUCUGAGCAAAAGUAUGGACUCAAAAUUGUGUUUUCAGACACUAAACCCAGUUCAAUCCCCUCUGAGCAUAAGUUUGGACUCAAAAUUGUGUUUUCAGAAAUUAAACCCAGCUCAAUCCCCUCCUGACUGGUGCACUUGCCAGGGGGUGUUUGUGCCUCAGUCCUGGAGGUUUUUCCCGACUUUAAUGAUUCCAUCAUUCCAUUUGUUCUGUUGGAUGUGACCCUCACAUUCCCAAAGGCAGGAACUCACCAAGACACAAGCACAGAGCCUGGCUGGGACCAUGAGUAAUUUACUCCCAGGUUUCUCCCAGUAGCAGGCAGUGCCCACCUGCCCUGCAGCACAUUCCAAAUCCCAGCAUAGCCAGGUUUAGCUGAUUAAUUAAUAAAAUGAACUUUUCCUGUAGGUUUGGUAUGAGCUGAGUGGUGAUUCCCUCAGUUUUCCACCUGAAA